CACGGUGGAGGAAGAAUCACAAGAGUCCCAGAGCUUGAGAAUUACAAGAUCAAAGAAUCUGGAAGAAGCUUGGAUCUGUAACUCAAUUUUGAGUCAUGAAACAUUCUCAGGCCCUAAACUGAGUAUCGGCCCUCUGAAUGUAAGCAUUGCAAUCUCUUCCAGACUCCCCGUGACCACUGUGCACUGCGCGCACUUCCAGACCCUCCUGCAGCCCUGCGUCCCAUCAUGAAACUGCUCUUCCUCUUUCUGCUUCUGGUUGGCCUCAUGCAGACAGCAUUAGGAUAUAGAAGAAGUGACAUCUUCCUGGAGUGUGCCAAAAUGGGUGGAGCAUGCAAGCACCAGAAGACCCAUGGGUGCUCCAUCCUGCCCGCGGAGUGUAAGAGCCGUCACAAACACUGCUGCCGAGUGUGACCUUAGCGCCAGUCCAGAGGCCAGGGCAGGGAGGAGCUCAGCUGCUGACUCCUGUUUAAUAAAGGCACCGUACCACUGCUA